AUUAGGUCAUUUCAAGGCAAUCGACCAAAAUGAGAGUAUUCGCUGUUACGCUGCUCGCUCUUCUGGCGGUCAGCGCUCAUGCCGGCAAGCUGACCGAUAGCCUGGUCAAGGUUGUUCCCAGCUUUGCCACUGGUUACGUAGUCAACGGCAUCGAGGCCAAACCCCACCAGGCGCCCUUCAUUGUCUCACUGUCUAACAACUUCACUCAUCAUUCGCACAGCUGCGGAGGAACUAUCGUCAACAAGAACUGGAUUCUCACAGCAGCGCACUGCAUCUCCAACCCAGUUGGUAUGAGUGCCAUUGCCGGACUGCACGCGCGUGCCGUAGUGGAUGAGCGAACUCAGCAGCGACUGGUUGACUUUGGUCGCAUUCACGAUAGCUUCGAAGGGGCCGUGGGCCCCUUUGAUAUCGCGCUCCUUCACGUCAGCGAACCCUUCGAGUUCAACGAGUGGGUCAGCCCCGCUGUCCUGCCCAGCCCUGGGGAAAUCCACGAGGGUGAGACCCAUCUGUACGGUUGGGGACAGCCAAAGUCCUAUAUAUUCACGGCAUCUAAGACUCUGCAAACGAUCACCACCAACAUUAUCAACUACGAUGAGUGCAAGAAAUUAUUGCCCCGCGAUUCUAAGCUGGUUUCAACCAACAUUUGCUCCGACUCCCUGUGGCAGAGCAAAGCUGCCUGCAAUGGCGACUCCGGCGGCCCCCUGGUCGUCGAGCACAAGGAUGCUCCCUCUGAGCUGAUUGGAGUUGUCUCCUGGGGCUACAUUCCCUGCGGCGCAGCCAACUACCCUUCAGUCUACACUCGGGUCUCCGCCUUCAUUGGUUGGAUCACCAAGACCCAGAGCGCCUACUACUUAAGUAAAUUGUAGUUUCAAUAAAAGUGAAAUCAUUUUGAACUGGACAA